AUGUCUGCUCUCCGCUUCGCCACCGCUGCUGCUCGGAGAGCACCUCGGGCCCUCUCUCUUGCCAGGCGCGGCUACGCCGAGGCCGCGCCGGACAGGCUCCAGCUUUCCCUUGUUCUCCCCCACCAGUCCCUCUUCACCUCGCAGGAUGUCGUGCAGGUGAACCUCGCGGCCGCGGCCGGUGACAUGGGUAUCCUCGCCAACCACGAGCCCACCAUUGAGCCUCUCCGCCCUGGUGUCGUCGAGGUCAUCGACUCGGGCAACGCGUCGAAAAAGUGGUUCGUCUCUGGCGGCUUCGCGACCGUCCACCCCAACAACAAGCUUACCAUCAACGCGGUGGAGGCCGCCCCCCUCGAGUCCUUCUCCACGGAGGCCGUUCGUGCGAACCUCGCGGAGGCUCAGCGGGUGGUUGCGGGCAACGGAUCGGAGGCGGACAAGGCCGAGGCUAGUGUUGAGGUCGAGGUGUACGAGGCGCUGCAGCACGCGCUUGUCAAGUAA